AUGAAACGCCGUCCUGUAACCCUGCAACACUUGGGACCUCUCCAACUCACCACCUCCGAAGUGGUGCUCGUGCAUCGCUCCCAGAUUCGAGGACCUAAGUUUGUGAUCGGGGCGCAAGCGGGUGGGGUAGUCCUCGCCGGACAGUAUACCUGCCACCGUACCGGUACCUGGUAUUCUGAAUGCCAUUAA